AUGUGGGAGUGGAGACCCCGAGGGCUCAGUGGAAUGGAUGUUGAGCAGAGGGAGGACAGAGGCCCAGAUUUAAGAGGCAGCAAUGAGAGGCACUAUUCAGCCUCUAGUUCUCAUACCAUCAGUUUGCAUGUUUAUGAGAAAUGCAAAGCCAUAAACAAAUGCAGCAGAGCUUCACUGCAUUACAAUCAGAGCAGCCAUUUCCACUGUGACAGGGCAAAGUCAGCAUACGGACAUCAAUCUACAGGCCAGGAUGAGCAGCCAGCCCGAGAAAACUCCUCCGACCACAACAACAACAAACCAAGUGGACAGAAAACACGCCUGCCGACCACAAAUCAGUCCCGACAAACUUAUCGAUCGCUGUCAAGCAUGAAUGUCAUCUGGAGAAACUACUCAACCCCGGUGCUGGUUAACGGUGGCCCAGCAGCUCUUCACUCUCCCGGGCUGCUGCUGCGGUUAAAGAUGGCGUCCGAGACAGAUCCACUCCCUCACGGCUUAAAAACAGAGAUAAACACGCUCCGUUUACACACCGACGGCGAGACCACACCUCAGCCUCGGUCCGAAAUGCUCAAGGCUGUUGUUGGUUUUUUAACACCCGUGUGUUUGUGCUGUGAGGUGAGGAUCAUGGUGUGGCGGUGGCUGUGA